AUGUUGCUCGUCUCAUUGUUUGCAACUUUGUCAAAAUUUUCCCUAAAAUCCAAAGCGUACAGUUAUAGGAUGACCGAGUCGCGGCGCAAACGGGUACAGCAAAAAGGUCGUUUCACUAUAACCGAAAUCAUUCCAGCCUCGCCAUCCUCGACGCGUAUGUCAUCGUCCACAUUUCUUGACGACGAAAUAUCUACCGAGGACUUCUCUUCAACGACUGGCGACGCACUCUCACCUUCUCAACUACGUGAAAAUAUCAAUCAAAGUAAUAAAUUUGCUUGUGAUUUGGCUGUGAGCUCCGUUCUGGUGGCUGAAAAAUCGCUCAAGCAGCCGGUCAAGUCGGUUCCGAUAGAAGAUUCAAUCACUAAUGCCACCGAAGUGACAAAUUCUGUGGUAGAAUCUGUGGUCAAAGUAUCGAUCUCAACGCCAUGCGCGAUGACUGCUCCAAGCUCGCCGUCUCGAAAAUACUCGUCUCCUAAGAAAAUGAAUCAGAGAACGCGCCGAAUCAGGCGUCGAGGGCGUUUCACUAUAAUUGAGAUGGCAUCGGACUCGCCAACGUGUAGGAAGAAUGCCGACGACUUGAACGAUCAUCGUUUCGUCACAACAACAACAGUUGAGGAUUCCUCGAAUGUAAUGCCGCAGCAGCACAGUUUAGAUAAUCUCGAACGGCGCACCAAGCCAAAACGAACAACUCGAUCUUUGUCGCGCCUUCAAAAAUCGUCAGCAUUACGUCGUUUUCGACGACGAAGUGAAAGUCCGACGCGCGGAGGAUUAAAGCCUGUGGAAAUGAUGACUUCUUCUCGAAAUUUGCAACAGCAACCGGGCCGCGGCUUGCUGCCUCAUUUGAUGACGGAGAGCUCGAAUACACUGUCAAAGUCUGCGAUUCCUGCAGCGUCGGUUGGUGACUGCGCACUGGCGAGCGCUAGCCAAGUUAGGUCCAUGACUAGCUUGGCGAUUCCCGACAAUCAGUCUUCAGUUGCAAAUACUUCGAUUUCUGCUGAACAAGACAAGUCGCCAGUGCAGGUUUCUUUGUACAAGUCGCCAAAAAACUCCAUCACCAUUACAACUGCCCAAUUUGUGCAACAGCAGCAAACGAUAGCAUCACUUAUCCGACAACAACACGAUCUGAAAGAAAUCAUUUGCGUGCUUCAGGAGCAGCAACAACAACUUUUGAUAAUUCCAUCGCAAAUCAACGAGCUCAAACGUCAAAAACUUAACCUUGAUGGCAGUGAGACCCGAGACAAUGAAAUGCGAGAACUUCUUAUGAAGGUAGACACACUGACAGCUACCAAUGAAAAACUCCAUUCGCUAAUUAACGCAGCGGAUCGCGAGGCGCGACAUCGAGCCUUGGAAAUUGAGUGCUUGUCGGAAGAAAAUGACGAAUUGCGGCACCGAUGUGGGCAGCUCGAGACCCGCUACAUGGACGAGCGUAAGCAGGGCUUUGUUCUAGAGGAAGAACUUCAGCGUUUGCGCAUGCUGUCUCUCUCUCUUCAGGAGCAGCAUGUUCGACAGCAACAACGGCAAGGCCAAAACUCCCUUCAAGCUACUGUGUAA